UUUUAUUAUUCUCUUGCUCGCACCCUUCGUUGGACUGACCUGGGCGAUACGGUGAAUGGUAUUCGCUGUCCUAAACGCACCAUCUCCCCUUUAAUCGAGGCUGGAUAGUGGUACAUUACCACUCUUUUUUAUUGUAUUUACAUUCCUUAGUUGAUUCGUUUAGGAUACGGCCGCUACCUUGAGCGGGGGGUACCUAGAAAAAUUUGCGACAUGUUGUCUCGGAGUCGCCUGGGUGGUGGUCUUUCUAUAAAGCUUAGUUCUUCUCCCGAGGAGCCGCUAUUGUCAGAAACUGUUUCCAAAGUAUCGACCUUACCCCCUGAACAAGCACUAUUGGCUGUUUUAUCCGACGAAACGGUGGACUUGAAUACUCUGAAUCAGGCUGACAAGGUUCAGCUGACAAAGAAUGACAACUUUCUUUUUGCCUUGAAAUCACUCAGGAAUUGCAUAAUAGAUAGACCCGCAGAAUCCUCAAUUUUUGUCAGCAAGAUCGUGGAUCAGGCGGCCAGAGUCAAAAAUGAAAAGGUGAAGUUGAAACUUUUUUACGCGGUGGAUUUUUUGCUUCAAAAAAAUUGUGAAGAGGUUACAACGUUGAUUUGCGAGUCGCUGCAGAGGUCGGAAAAACAUGCACAGCUUGGAAUCUGUCGGAUGCUGGUUUAUUUGCUAGAUACUGCCCAUCUCCAGGUCGAAAUGGCGCCAAAGAAAAAAAAGUUGAUAGAAGUUUUGGACGAACCGAAUUCAAGCUUUUCAUCGGAGUAUUUGUCCAGAAUAUUUUGUUUGUCAAAAAAACUGCUUCCAGUGUUGUUAAGGCUGGUUCAGAAUUUGAACAGCGAAGGGACCGUCCGUCGUCCGUCAGGACCGACGCUACUCGGCGUCACCGCGGCAGAUUGUUUCCUUCUUCUGUACAGUCGCCUGUUGGAGUGCAUUCCUGAUAGUGAGGCGAGUGACAUGCAACAAGAACUUGAAGGCUUACUGGAGCUGAUGCACGGAUGGUUUGUUGGCCCAAGACCUAUGUAUGGGAUGCUGAUAGACAAGUUAAGACAGAUAUUAAAUCGGAACCUAUUAUGCGUUCAGAAUGAAUUAGGGGAAAAACCAGAUCGAGAAGCUCUGAAAAUAUUAGCUCGACUCUCUGUCUCGAUGAUCCAAACGCUGAGUGAAAAAGAAGACAUCGAGGAAAGAGUCCAACAACACGUCAAAUUUCUGCAUGAUCGGCUCCUACGCAACCAGCGAAACGCAACGCGUAUGGAACUUCUUGAAACGUUUGUUCAGCUAUUUCAGCUCUGCGCCUUAGUAGGAAAAUUGGCGCCCAACUUGAGUUCAAAACUAAUCACUGCUUAUGUGAUCGAAUUGCAUAAAAUAGCCAGCGCAUCCUUGUUUACAAAAGAGAAGCUCAUAUUCGAAAUCGGGAACGUGCUUUGGAAAAACAUCAAAGCUAUCGCCUCUGAUAAACUGCUUGACUUUACAAAAGAAAGUUGGAUGACAUUCUUGGAAAACAAUGCCCCAAUAUCAAAAGAAACCAUUUCUACCGUGAUCGAUAUAUAUGCAAAUGAAGAAACGUCAUUGCUAGAAAAACUGCGUAGCAUGUUACUCUCAGAGCAAAAAAUCAACAGUUUGGCCAUUUUCCAAUACAUAUUAAACGAUAAUGUCAAUGCCUCUCUGAAAACAUCAUGUGUUCAAAUGGUCAUGUCAAUCGUAGCGAAUAGCGGCCUAAACGAAGAAACAUGCGAACUGCUCAACUGGAUUGAAGAUCGAGAGUUGAAAGAUAUUUUAAGCUUGAAAUUGGAUCGCCUCCUUGACAAAGAAGGUGACGCCAUUGCCACUUUUUUUCCCGUAUUUUCCCAUUCGAAAAAGGGCCCAAGCAUGAUUCUUUAUUUUCUAGACCUGGUCCUUGAACAAACCGCAACAGACUUGAUCUCUGUCAAAGAAAAUAAAGUAGACCACUUUUUUGAACUGCUGAGUACUUGGAGCCAACAACAUUCCUUUUGUGACUCCACAGCAACUGAUCAAUGGGAAAAACUAAUAUUCGAGAUGUCUUCUCGUUACUUCCAACAUGCUGAUGACGUCUUGUAUGUCCGCUUUUUUUCUGCACUCUCCUGCAUCUUUUCCCGUUUUCUCUCUACAUGUUUCGAAAUCGUUCUGCAAAAAAUAGAAUCUCAAAAAUUGACCAUACAAGAUUUCAAAGAACUUGACGAAUCUUCUCCUGAACGCGUCCAAAAAUCUCUGAUAGAUCGACUCGCACCCUAUCUCAUGUUCAAGACGCUCGACUGCCAAUUCGUUCAACUCCAGGAAAGCCAUUCAAGCGUCCUAGAAUCGGACCUGGGGAAAAAUUUGGCGCGUGUCUUGGCAGAAAGUAUCCAUGGACCUCUAGAGUAUAACCAAAUUCGGCAAGUUUCGUGCGAAUUGUUGACUCGGUUUUCUCCAUCUGACACAAUCCCACUGGUUUUGAAUCCACUUAAAGAAAUGCUCCAAUACACAGGUAGAAGCUCGGAAUCAGACUCUCUAACUUGGACUCGAGCAAGCGCGUCAAUAUAUUAUUUCUGUGCUCUCAUUCAUUGCAAGUGUGACAUCGAUCAAAAUUGGCUUCAAGAAAUCGCCCAAAUCGUUUUUUCGAUUUUUCUUAUCCCAGAAACCAAACAAACAGACCAAAAACUACAAACACUCAAACAAGGGUGCUCAGAGCUUAUGGCACAAAUGAUGGCCACAACACCUCAGCCACCAAACUCUUCUCAAGACAACCUCCUUCAAAAUUGUCUAGACAAAAUCUUCCUCGCCAAAGAACCUUCUCAUCUGUCCUGGCUCGCUCAAACUAUCAAACGCUGCGCAGUGCUGUCAAAAGGAAAAAAAAAUCACUUGUCACUCGCCAAUACCAUCUUCUCGGCUUUUGUUCAUGAAGCAUCUCAAAUCCAAGAAAAUACCUACAAAAUCGCAAUAAUUGCGAACAUCGCUGCAUUUGCAAACAUGACUUUGGGAGAGUCUCAAGAAUUAAUGUCAAACUGGGCCAUUCCACUUUUUGACCAUUCAUGCUCUCUGAUCGAUCUAGACAACCCAGCGCUCAUCAUGAGCGGGCUCCAAUUACUCGGAUCACUAAUGACCAACGCAAUCGACCAGCUGUUUACAGAUAUAAAACGUGUCGUAAGAACACAACACCUCCUUUCUAAAAUUACUCUCAACUCAAAUCUUGGAUCAUGCCAAAGCCUCGCCUCUGAACUAUUGAAAAAUUUCGUAGCUCGCCCAUGAUUCUCCGCGCACAAAACGUAUUUUUCUAUCAUAUGUGUCCAGACCACAUUUGACCAUACAUCAAAACCAAAGUAGCAUGUUCAGUUCCAAAAAAAAAAAAUAAACUCACAACUUAUCUGACGUCAUUUUGUCUUCUCAUCUACAACGAAUGGUAUGCGUGUGGCUGGAAAAUCGAUUCUUGUCCAUAUCCCGCGGCUAACGCCUAACUUCCCGCACCAGUCCUUAACUCUACACACUAAUUUUGGUGACCUCAAAAUCGAACUGUUCUGUGAAGACACACCUAUCGCUGCAUACAACUUUUUGGCUCUCUGCGCAAGCGGGUACUAUGACAACACAGAAUUCCAUAGGAGCAUCCCUGGGUUCAUGAUACAAGGCGGAGACCCCACCGGAACCGGAAAAGGUGGUAAAUCUAUCUAUGGAAAACCGUUCAACGAUGAAUUUAACGAUUCACUUACACAUAGUGAUCGCGGAAUGUUGAGCAUGGCCAACAAAGGGCCCAACACAAACGGAUCGCAAUUUUUUAUUACGUACGCAGCGGCCGAGCAUUUAAAUUCAAGAUUCACACUAUUUGGGAAGGUCAUCGCAGGCAAAGAUGACACGUUGAAAAAGAUGGAGAAAGUUCCCACCGGAGCAAAAGACAGGCCACUGCAGUCUAUUCGUCUCUUGAGUGUGACCAUUCAUGCCAACCCAAUUGCGGAUAAACAAUAGUCCGGGCACGGGGCCAGAGGGAAAUAAAAUACGCUGCUGUCAAAGUGUUUAAAAAGCGCGCUUUGAAAAAAAAACUUGUCAUCCCUAUGGUGGCCGUUAGAACGAUUGACAAGCCUGUCGAGAGACAUCAUUUAGUGAAGAUCAAUCGGCGGGAUAGUUGAGGCAAC